CUAGUUACCGCUUUUCCAUUGUAAAUGUCACGGAUUCACUACAAUCAGAACAGUGAUUCAAUUUCAUUUUAGAACAGUGAUUCACUACAAUCAGAACAACAAUGUCUUGUUCAAUGUUUAUGAGGUAUGUUCCUGUUUCUCUUUUCAUUCCUAAGUUCAGUCCUUUCCAAUUUCCAAACCCUACUUUUCUUAAUUCUUUUUUCUACUCAUCCUCAACUCAAUUUGAUGAUAUAGAUGCCAUUUCUUUGUUCAAUCACUUACUCCAUAAGAAUCCAACCCCACCCACCAUUGAAUUUGGAAGGAUUUUAGGUUCCAUUGUCAAGGCUAAGCAUUUCCACACUGCUAUUUCACUUACUCAACAAAUGGAAUUUAGGAAUAUAAAACCUGACUUUGUAACUUCCAACAUCUUGAUCAAUUGUUUCUGUCAAUUGGGUCAUAUCAAUUUUGCUUUUUGUGUAUUUGCCAACAUUCUCAAAAAGGGUUAUGACCUAGAUGUCAUAACUUUGACUACACUCAUCAAGGGUCUUUGUCUCAAAGGUCAGAUCCAUAAAGCAUUGCAUUUUCAUGACAACGUGGUAGCACAGGGAUUUCAGUUGAACCAAGUUAGUUACGGGACCUUAAUCAAUGGGUUAUGUAAAGUAGGAGAAACAAGUGCAGCCUUGCAGUUGCUGAGACGAGUUGAUGGGAAACUGGUUCGACCUAAUGUGGUAAUGUACACUGCAAUUAUUGACAGUAUGUGCAAAGAUAAACUUGUUGAUGAUGCUUUUGAUUUAUAUUCUGAAAUGGUUGCUAAGAGAAUUUAUCCCAAUGUUUUUACUUACAAUGCUUUGAUUAAUGGCUUUUGCAUUGUUGGUAAAUUGAAAGAAGCAAUUGAUUUCUUUAAUAAAAUGAUAUUGGAAAACAUCAACCCUGAUGUGUAUACCUUCAAUAUAUUGGUUGAUGCAUUUUGUAAGGAAGGAAUAGUGAAAGAAGCUAAUAAUGUGUUUGCUAUGAUGAUCAGAAAAGGUGCUAAACCUGAUGUUGUUACUUAUAACUCUUUAAUGGAUGGAUAUUGCUUAGUUAAAGAAAUGAAAAAGGCCAACAGUAUAUUCAACACCAUAGCUGCCCAAAGCGGAGUGACUCCUGAUGUUUUAAGUUACAAUAUUAUGAUUAAUGGAUUUUGUAAAGUUAAAAUGGUGGAUGAAGCCUUAAUUCUCUUCAAAGAAAUGCGUUGUAGAAACAUUAUUCCUGAUGUGAUAACAUACAGUUCCCUUAUUGAUGGUUUGGGCAAAUCAGGGAGAAUCUCACAUGCUUUGAAGCUUGUCGAUGAGAUGCAUGAUAGAGGUCUACCACCUGAUAUAUUUACUUACAAUUCUAUAUUGGAUGCUUUAUGCAAAAACCAUCAUGUUGAAAAGGCUAUUGCAUUAUUAACAAAUGUUAAGGAUGAGGACAUUCAACCAAAUAUGUACACGUAUACUAUUCUUAUUCACGGAUUGUGUAAAGUUGGAAGAGUAGAGGAUGCGAGAAACGUUUUUGAAGAUCUUUUGGUCAAAGGCUACAAUCUAGAUGUUUAUACAUAUACUGUUAUGAUCCAAGGGUUUUGCGACAAGGGCUUGUUUGAUGAAGCGUUGGCCUUGCUAUCAAAAAUGAAAGACAAUAGUUGCUUUCCAGACGCUGCAACUUAUGAAAUAAUUAUCCAUUCUCUGUUUAAUAAAGGUGAAAAUGAUAAGGCAGUGAAACUUCUACGUGAAUAUAUCGCAAAAGGCUAUUGUAAGAUUGAAACUAGGAAGCUUGAGGCUAAGAAUCAUUUUGGCCACCUGCUUUGUGUUUUCGACCUUUUGCAUGGUAACUGUAUUGAUCACUUGUCCUUUAUAGCAAUUAGUUUACUGACCCAAAGUUAUAUGGUAUUUUGGUUAACUGUGCGAAUUAAAAUCUUUGCAUUGUAUGUAGUUUUUAUAAACUAAUUAUUUUAGUGUUUAUCGGCGUCAAUUUAAUUUACAGCUAGGUAAUGUCUGAACUUAAAAUCCAAUCUAUGUGGACUGGAAUUUGGCAUCUGUUACAAAGCGUUCUUAAUGUUUGUUGAAUCUGAAUCUCAAUAUUUGUUGGAUCCACGAGUCACUAAAUUUCUUUUUUCUUUGUAAUACUUGUACUUCUGCGUAAUAAUAAUUUUAAUCUUACAAAACUUAACUAUUUUCGAAUGAUAAACUUAAGAUUCAAUAUCCAAAGACUUGAAUUGUACACAACAGGUACAAACUUGGAUCUAUAUAAUUACUGAUUUUGCAUUUUUGGAUGAGUAUUUAUCUUUAAUUUUGGUUUAUAUUAUUUAUGGAACAUGUAUUUAUAGUACAAGCUUAGAUGUAUGCUAUUCUAGAACAUGUAUUCCAGGGCCCUUCUCCUUCAUAUACAGCCGUGUCAUUCUGAGAUGAAUGCUGAUUUUGCACCCUCAUGCAUAAAAUUCAUGUCAUGGUUGCACAAAUGAACUGCGACGAGAUUGGGGACAAAGUUCAAGUACGAUGUGCCGCCAAGACUUCAGUGUGCAACAAACCUGUGGUCAAGACCUUCAUCUUGUUGAACCUGAGUGCGACGAAAGUACUGUGGUCUGAAAUCUGAGUUGAGUUUGAUAUUUGAUUCUGUGUUCUUCCAUUUAUUCAACUGACUUCUUGAAGUUGUUGAUAUUACGAGUUUGUUAUUCUUGAUGUGAUUUCGUGAUC